AUGCCGGAUUGGAACCAGCUUCCACAGUUGAGAAGAUCCCAUGACAAUACUGGUUACGGAUACGACACACUCAAUGACAAGUUUGUCGACAUGUUUGACGCUGGUAUCAUCGAUCCCACAAAGGUUGUGCGAACGGCGUUGCAAGAUGCCGCAGGUGUAGCUUCGUUACUUGCUACGACGGAAUGUGUUGUUAAUGAAUUACCUAAAGAGGACCCAGUGCCAGGCAUGGGCCCUCUGGGAGGAAUGGGUGGAAUGGGCGGAGGAGGAAUGUUCUAA